GCUUCCCAUAUCUUCAAUGCUUAAACAUUUUCCUCUCAAUUUUUUCCCAUUAUCUCUGAUUUUUCCAUCGAUCCCACGUUCCCACUUCCUCUAAAUUUCUUCCCAUGAAAUUUCGAAUUAACCCCACCAGAAAUUUGCAACAAAAUUUGAAAACAAAAAGAAAAAAAAUCGUUGAUAUUCGUUCCUGAUACGAGGCAACAAACCAUUCUUCCAUCUUCUUUCUUUGGAUUCAUCGCCUCUCUCCCUUCCUCUACAUUGUCUUCCUCAAUUUUCUCUAGUUCAGAUUGCAGGUGGGAAUUUGACCCUCUUUCUACUCUGUUUGAUGAAUUUAGGGCUGUUUUUGGUUUGAAGAAAUUUGAGGUGUUAUUCGAAGUCAUUGAUCCACUGUUGCUGGUGAAGCGAAUUGAAUUGGASUUUGAUUUGGUUCAGUCAAUUUUGUGCUGAAACGUGUGAUGAUAAUAGUAUUGUACACAAGAAGAAGAGAAGCCAUAUGAUGGCAACAGCUGCAAUAAUUGGGCUUGGUGCAGCAAAGAGGCUGUUGAAUUCUUCAUCCUAUUAUUCUGAUUUCCCAGAAAAGCUUUUAUAUGCCAAUGACCAUAGGUUGGGGCAAAGCCAAGUUUCCCCCACAAAGAGUGUGGUAAUAGCGAAAAGUUCGGCUAACUUUUCCCCGAGCUUCCCAUCGUCGAAUCGACACACACAAUGCAUCAAAGCUGUGAAGGAACAUGUAGAUACUCCCUCUUCCCCAACUGUUGAGCCAUGGCUUCAGAACUCCACACAAUGGGAAGAUGAAGAAAUUGAUCUCAAAUGUACUGUGGAGGCUCUUCUUUUGCUGCAGAAGUCCAUGCUGGAGAAGCAAUGGAAUCUAUCUUUUGAGCAAACUGUGCCGACUGAUGCAAGUAGAGGAAGAACUCAGAAGAAAGUACCUGUUACUUGUUCGGGUGUAUCGGCCCGGCAAAGGAGAAUGAGCUCKAAGAGGAAGAUACAGAGUAAAAACUGUUUUAUGGUUCAACCAAAAAUCAGUAAGCAGCUAAGAUCUACCAUCAGUCCUGAGCUGCUCCAAACCCGUUUGAAGGGCUAUGUGAAAGGUUUAGUGAGUGAAGAGCUACUUUCUCAUGCUGAAGUCGUACGUCUUUCGAAGAAAAUUAAAGUCGGUCUCGCGUUGGAGGAGCGUAAAACCAGACUGAAGGAAAGACUAGGAUGUGAGCCCUCUGAAGACCAACUGGCAAUAUCGCUUAAGAUUUCUCGCACAGAGUUACGUUCGAGAGUAAUUGAGUGUUCAUUGGCGAAGGAGAAGCUAGCAAUGAGCAACGUUCGUUUGGUAAUGUCGAUUGCACAAAGAUAUGACAACAUGGGGGCUGAAAUGGCUGACUUAGUUCAGGGUGGCUUGAUUGGACUUCUCCGCGGGAUCGAAAAGUUUGAUUCCUCAAAGGGGUUCAGAAUCUCAACCUAUGUUUAUUGGUGGAUACGCCAGGGUGUUUCAAGAGCAUUAGUUGAGAAUUCAAGAACGCUGAGAYUGCCAACUCAUUUGCACGAGAGAUUAGGAUUAAUUCGCAAUGCCAAAGUUAGACUGCAAGAGAAGGGAAUCACUCCAUCACUUGAUAGGAUUGCAGAAUCCCUCAACAUGUCCAAAAAGAAAGUCAAGAAUGCCACUGAGGCAAUCAGCAAGGUGUUCUCUUUAGACCGUGAAGCAUUCCCUUCAUUGAAUGGUCUUCCUGGCGAAACUCAUCAUAGUUACAUUGCGGAUAAUCRCCUUGAGAACGACCCGUGGCAUGGCACGGACACGUGGAUUCUGAAGGCUGAGGUAAACAAACUCAUCAAUAUGACGCUUGGCGACCGAGAAAGAGAGAUCAUUCGUCUUUACCACGGUUUGGAUAACGAAUGUCUGACAUGGGAGGAAAUAAGCAAACGCAUAGGGUUGUCCAGAGAAAGGGUAAGGCAAGUUGGACUGGUGGCAUUGGAGAAACUAAAGAAGGCAGCCAAGACAAGGAAGAUGGAAGCCAUGCUGCUCAAACAUUAAGCUGCCAAGAACAUAUAAUUACAAUUCAUACAUUGUAGAGACCAUCCAUUGUCUACUGUAUAUAUACAGAAAGCGAAACUGUGUCAUUCGCAAUUGUGAUUUUGAUCAGAAAUAGCGAUAACCGAUAAUAGGGAAAGUUUCUGUACGAGAUUUUCAUCCAAGUGUUGAACACUUGAGCCCCCAUCUACUAAAUGUGAAUCAAUYUUUUUACGAAAUUCGAUUUCGA